UAGCGGGCACAAUUAACGUUCCUACUCUUGGAUAAUAUUUUAUCGGUUGAAGAUAACUAGGCAGGAGAUUACAAAUAGCUAACUCUGUUUCAGUUGUGUUAAUUGAUUAAGCAGGGUGUGACCGCAACAAGGAAAUACAUUUUUGCAGACAUGGAGAUACAGAACAAAAUUGCGCUGGUUACCGGAGGCGCCAACGGCAUAGGCUUCGCCUACGUCAGGGAACUAUUGCGAAACGGGGCUGCGCACGUGGCGAUUCUCGAUUUGGCGAAUUCGAGGGGGGAUGAAUCGGCGAAAAAACUGAACGCUGAAUUCGGAUCCGACCGGGCAAUUUUUAUCGUCUGCGACGUGACGAAGCAACAGGAGUUCGAAGAUGCGUUCGCCAAGGUCGUCAAGGAGUUCGGUGGACUCGACAUCGUGAUCAACAACGCCGGAAUAAUGGACGACGCGCGGUGGGAGCUCAUGAUCGAGAUCAACAUAACAGCGGUGGUGCGUGGUACUUUGCUGGCCUUCCGGUACAUGGGAAAAGACAAGGGUGGCAAAGGAGGAACCCUCGUCAACGUUUCCUCUGCUGCCGGUCUGGCGCCGGCAAUGCCUUUCCCCAUUUACGGUGGUACAAAACACGCCGUAAUUGGUAUCAGUCGCUCGUUCGGGCACCCGUAUCACUACGACAAAUCGGAAGUCCGAGUCCUGACGAUGUGCCCGGGUGGCACGGAAACGCAACUGGUUACGAAAGCUGGCGGACGAAUGUUGGAUAUGGUUGAACAACAAACUGUCUUUGACGUCCUCGGCAGCAUCCCCAUUCAACAACCAGAGAGCGUGGCGAAGGGCAUGAUGGAAAUCAUAAAGGUUGGCAAAAGCGGAAGUGUGUGGCUCGUUAACAACGGGGAACCGGCUUGCGAGGUCGACAUUCCUGACUUACCGGUGACGAAGGCUUCGGCGUGAAGGUGAAAGCUUAUUGGUUUCAGUUGUACGCCUGCAUUGAUGCAGGGCGAAUAAAACGAUCAUGAAUGACA